AAAUAAUCCAAGCCAUCCACUUUAUCCGCGCAUCCAAUCAACGAUCAUGGCCACUUCUACAUCAUUUAUCGAAUCUGCUGUGAUUAACGCGCCAAUCUCGGCCAUCUGGCCCUUGAUCAAAUUGGACAAAUUUGGCACAUUUUAUAAGGCAAUUCAGAAGAGCGAAUUGGUUCCCGCUACGCCCGAUGAGAGGGAGACUGUUCGGUGGUACUUUGAGAAUAGGACCAUUUUGACGCUGAGAGAAGAGGAGUAUUCCGUAAGUCAAUCAACUACUUUGCUAUUCCUUCAGUGGGGAAGUUUACAAUUGUCCUCUAGACCAUCAAGCACUCCAUGUCAUUCAACAUCAUCGCAUGCGAACCGUGGGGCCUGCCGUACGCUGGUGCGUUGAGCACUCUGCGGCUUUAUCCCAUCACUAGUGGCGCUGCUGAGGGCAGUACAUACGUGGAAUGGCGCGGUCAAUAUUCAAGUGACGCCAGUGCUGGUAGGUGCCUUCUUGCAAAAGCUCAAUAUAUAUUAUUAACUUUUUCCCUCAGAGGUGAUUGAAGAUGCCAAACUGAAGCGUCGCGAGGGACUGACAGAUCUUUACGAAUUCUUCCGAGAAGGAAUAGAAAGCUAGCAGUGUUUUUACAAAGAGCAUCCAACUCUUGAAUCUUCUUACUAUUUCUUAUUUAAU